GGGCCACUGCUCGAGUGUUCUGGAAGCCGGGGACGCACCUUGGUCUUCUGCUGGCGGUGGUGAUUGAGCCGCUGAAUUAUUCCGCUAGAGCUUUGGCUGUCUCCCGAACCGUGUUACCAUGUCCGCCGUUAAAGCCUUGAAUCCGAAAGCAGAGGUAGCGCGGGCUCAGGCAGCGCUGGCCGUUAACAUCAGUGCUGCUCGGGGACUCCAAGACGUGCUGAAGAGCAAUUUGGGACCAAAAGGAACCAUGAAAAUGCUGGUGUCUGGUGCCGGAGACAUAAAGUUGACCAAAGAUGGCAAUGUCCUGUUGCACGAGAUGCAAAUUCAGCACCCCACGGCGUCCCUUAUCGCCAAGGUGGCCACCGCCCAGGAUGACAUCACGGGCGACGGCACCACCUCCAACGUCCUCAUCAUCGGCGAGCUCCUCAAACAGGCAGACCUCUACGUGUCAGAGGGCCUCCACCCCAGGAUCAUUGCGGAAGGGUUCGAGGCGGCGAAGGACAAAGCCCUGGCGGUGCUGGAGGAGGUGAAGGUGACGAAGGAGAUGGACAGGGAGACGCUCAUCAACGUGGCCCGCACCUCCCUCCGGACCAAGGUCCACGUCGAGCUGGCCGAUCUCCUGACAGAGGCGGUGGUGGACGCUGUGCUGGCCAUUCGGAAGCCCGAUGAGCCCAUCGACCUGUUCAUGGUGGAGAUCAUGGAGAUGAAACACAAGGUGGACAGUGACACAGUGCUGAUCAAAGGUCUGGUGUUGGAUCACGGGGCCCGGCACCCGGACAUGAGGAAGAGGGUGGAGGAUGCCUUCAUCCUUACGUGUAACGUGUCUCUGGAAUAUGAGAAAACCGAAGUGAACUCCGGCUUCUUCUACAAGAGCGCGGACGAGCGUGACAAGCUGGUGCGGGCCGAGAGGAAGUUCAUCGAGGAGCGAGUCAAAAAGAUCAUCGAGCUGAAGAACAAAGUGUGCGCCGACAGCUCCAAGGGCUUCGUCGUCAUCAACCAGAAGGGCAUUGACCCUUUCUCCCUGGACGCCCUGGCCAAAGAGGGCAUCGUGGCCCUGCGCCGGGCCAAGAGGAGGAACAUGGAGAGGCUCACGCUGGCCUGCGGUGGCAUCGCCAUGAACUCCGUGGACGACAUGACGCCAGAAUGCCUGGGACACGCCGGCCUCGUCUACGAACACACGCUAGGGGAGGAGAAGUUCACCUUCAUUGAGAAGUGCGGGAACCCGCGCUCCGUCACCCUGCUGGUGAAGGGGCCCAACAAGCACACGCUGACGCAGAUCAAGGACGCCCUGCGGGACGGCCUGCGCGCCGUCAAGAACGCCAUCGAGGACGGCAGCGUGGUGUCCGGCGCGGGGGCCUUCGAGGUGGCGGUGGCCGACGCCCUGCUGAAGCACAAGCCCAACGUGAAGGGCCGUGCCCAGCUGGGAGUACAGGCCUUCGCCGACGCCCUGCUCGUCAUUCCCAAGGUCCUGGCGCAGAACUCUGGCUACGACCCUCAGGAGACCCUGGUCAAGCUGCAGACAGAGUACAAGGAGUCCGGCCAGCUCAUCGGCGUGGACCUCAGCACCGGGGAGCCCAUGGUGUCUGGCGAGGCGGGAGUUUGGGAUAACUACAGCGUGAAGAAGCAGCUUCUCCACUCAUGCACCGUAAUCGCGAGCAACAUCCUGCUGGUGGACGAGAUCAUGAGAGCCGGAAUGUCGUCCCUGAAGGGUUAAAGAGCCGGCCGAGAGCCCGACCCAGGGCUCCUAGCACUUCCUGUCUCUCCAGCGCCAAGAGGCCAUUUUUGCAAAGAGAUGAAUAGGCUACGUUAGCAACACAAAAUGCGACUUCCUGCUGUGUCAGAAAAUCGCUUCUCCGCCCUCCCCCGCCCCAAACCUGUUGGUUUAUUUAUUUGUUUUUUUUUUGUUCUUGUUUUUGUUAAUGGCACUGAUCAGAAUAGCAGUCAUUUGUACCCAAUAAACUUGUUUGGCUCUCAAA